AUAGAGGAAGAAGUGUGUGUUCUGUUGAGUGAUGUGAUGUCCGCCCUCCUCGCACACACUACAACACUCCCUAAACUCCUGCAUUAACACUCCUCAACAAUCAUCCCCUGUAAUGAACUUACUAUAAGCUCGGCGUCCAGCGGUUCAUGGUUUUCUCCUUGCCAGUGUUAGUUUGAUCUGGAGAUUUGAAUGGGUUGAAUUGCAGAGAUUUCUCCUUCGAUUUGGGAACAUAAAGAACGGUAUUAAAGCUUGUGCACACACCUUUUGCAUUAAAGACAGCAGUGCCCAAAAAUGCCACUUGGAUUGGGACGCAGAAAGAAGGCGUCUCCGCUGGUGGAGAACGAGGAGGCUGAACCCAUCCGGGCUGGACUGAACGUCUCAGGGUUGGAUGGUCUGGAUGGUGGCAGGGUUGGCUUGGGUGAAGGAGCUGCCCAUGAGGGUUUACCACCUCCACCCACCAGUCUGCGCCCACGACUGAUCUUCCACACACAGCUGGCUCACGGCAGCCCCACAGGACGUAUCGAGGGCUUCAGUAACGUGCGUGAGCUUUAUGCUAAGAUAGGAGAGGCCUUUGGGAUUCCUCCAACAGAGGUGAUGUUUUGCACACUGAACACUCACAAAGUGGAUAUGGACAAGCUUUUGGGUGGCCAGAUCGGACUGGAGGACUUUAUAUUCGCUCAUGUGAAGGGCCAAAGGAAAGAGGUGGAGGUCUUUAAAGGAGAGGAUGCACUGGGGCUCACCAUCACUGAUAAUGGAGCUGGCUAUGCUUUUAUUAAGAGAAUAAGAGAAGGCAGUAUUAUUCACCAGAUCCAAGUUAUCAAUGUGGGCGACAUGAUUGAGUCAAUCAACGGGCAAAUACUCAUUGGCUGUCGCCAUUAUGAGGUCGCCAAAAUGCUGAAGGAGCUGCCUAAAGGGAAAACUUUUUUCCUGAAGAUGGUGGAACCCUUAAAGGCAUUUGACAUGAUCAGUCAGCGUUCAGGAAGCAGGUCUGGCUCUGCACAGUUAGGAACGGGCAGAGGAACUUUGCGUCUGAGGUCUAAAGGACCGGCCACUGUAGAGGAGCUGCCUUCAGCUUUUGAAGAAAAAGCCAUUGAGAAAGUUGAUGAUCUCCUGGAGAGCUACAUGGGCAUCAGAGACAGUGAACUUGCUGCGACAAUGGUGGAGCUUGGCAAGGAUAAAAAGAACCCAGAUGAGUUUGCUGAAGCUUUGGACGAGACUCUGGGCGAUUUUGCUUUUCCAGAUGAGUUUGUGUUUGAUGUGUGGGGUGCCAUAGGCGACGCAAAGGUCGGUCGCGUGUAACUCUAGAAAACACCACUUUAGGAACACUAUCAAAUUUAAUUGGUAUUAGUUUUAGGAGCAUACGCUGGGAUGCUUUCAAGAACGCUGGAAACACUUAUACGUAGGUCUUUAACUCCACUUUAAAAAAAAUAGAGUUCAGAUUUGACUAGGUUGGGCCUAAUCACAUAAAUGAAAUGUCUUAUUUGGUAGAAUAUUACAGGUAAGUUCACCCAAAAAUGAAAAUUCUGUUAUUAUUACUCACCCUGAUGUCAUUUCAAUCCCUUGAGAUCUUUGUUGAUCUUUGAAUCAUAAAUUAAGAUAUUUUAGAUGAAAUCUGAGAGCUCCCUCAUCCUCCAUCCUUGUUUCAGUAAAGGAACUCUAGGUGAAGAAAGUUAAAGCAUAUUUAAUCUAAAGUAUCUUACAUUGGGUUCUGAAGAUAAAGAUUAAUCUCUGGAUUAGUGUUAGUAAUAAAUAACAAGUUAUUGUUUUUUGGGUGGACUCAUCUUUUAAAACAAAGGUAUACUUCACCCAAAAAUUAAAAUUCUCCUAUUUACUAAGCCUCAUGUUUAGCCAAUCCUACUUCUUUUUACUCUGCUGAGCACAAAGAAAGAUAUUUAGAAGAAUGUCAGAAACCAAACAGAUAUUGCCACACAUUUAUGCUCAUUUACGUUUAUUCUUCCAACUAUGGCAGUAAAUCAAUGGCAAGGUCAGUUUCGUUGCUGAUAUCCUCCAAAUAUUUGUGUUCAACAGAGCAAAGAAGUUGAUAAAGGAUGGAAUAACCUUAGGGGAGUAAAUUAUGGCAGAAUUGUCAUAUUUGGACGAACUAUCGCUUAAAGAAAAGAUGCUUAAACAUUGAAUUUGCAAGUUGUUUCCUCCAGGGACCUUUAAUGUUUUCUCUGCGAGGUUACUUUGUUACAUACUGUGACUUUCAUUGCACUGUGUUGCCCGUCGCUGUAUAAAUUGCACGGUAUGGCACAGAACACACAGUGCAGAGAUCGAAGCAAUGCACUGUAUUGACCUGCGGCGUGGAUAUGACCCUGUCCCAAGACAGAAUAAUGGACCAUUUUGUCUUAUCUCCACUAUAAUGAUUCCCUAAAG